GCAGAGCCCCGCAGAGCCCCGCCGGCCCCGCAGCUCCCGCGCGUCCCGCAGCUCCGGCAGCGCCCGCGGCUCCCCGCUCCGGGACAGCUCUCUGCGGUUGUAGGAGGAGUUUGCGGUCACCUCCCCCCUCCGAGGCGCUGCGGCCACAUUCCCCCGCCGAGGUACUCCCCCAGCCACCAAGAUGUCCAGCAAACGUGCCAAAGCCAAGACCACCAAGAAGCGCCCCCAGCGCGCCACCUCCAACGUCUUUGCCAUGUUCGACCAGUCCCAGAUCCAGGAGUUCAAGGAGGCUUUCAACAUGAUCGACCAGAACCGAGAUGGCUUCAUUGACAAGGAGGAUCUGCACGACAUGCUGGCUUCCCUCGGGAAGAACCCCACUGACGAGUACCUGGAGGGGAUGAUGAGCGAGGCACCGGGGCCCAUCAACUUCACCAUGUUCCUCACCAUGUUCGGGGAGAAGCUGAACGGCACGGACCCCGAGGACGUGAUCCGCAACGCCUUCGCCUGCUUCGACGAGGAGGCCUCAGGCUUCAUCCACGAGGACCACCUGCGUGAGCUGCUGACCACCAUGGGGGACAGGUUCACUGACGAGGAGGUGGAUGAGAUGUACCGGGAGGCACCCAUCGACAAAAAGGGCAACUUCAACUACGUGGAGUUCACCCGCAUCCUGAAGCACGGGGCCAAGGACAAGGACGAUUAGAGCCCGCAGCCACUCACCCCUACUGCCCAAUCCCCUGCACAUCCCCCUGGCCCCCUUGCUGCCCCACAGCAGACUCCUCCCACGGGAAACACCUUCCAGGAUCAUCACCCUGCAUCAGGACACGGCUGGAGGGAACACACUCCCAUCACUGUGCUGCAGUGUGCCCAUCCAGCCUUCCCCUCCUAUCACCUCUCCCGCCCACUGGGCGCCCCAGCCUUGCUGUGACCUCCCCCCCAGCAGCCACUGACCCCCUCAAAGCCACUAUGCCACUGGUCCCGGGGCUGGGGUGAGCAUCCCCUGCUGACCUGCAGGGGUUUGGGCUGGCUCCAGCCUGAGCAAGCCCCAGUCAGGGCCAUAGCACAGAGGAAAAGCCUCUCUCCCUCUUCUCCCACACUCCCCCUUCAGAAAAGAUCCCCCACUUUGUUCCUCCUCCCUGGCUGUUUAAUGGCUUUGGAGCCUGAGAUCUGAGGGAUUCAGGAAGCUGGAGGGGUGUAUAAAGCCUGACAGGUGUGA